AUGGGGGAACAUGGUUACAAGAAGACUACUUCUGAUCAUUGUGUUUUUGUGCGAAAAUCCUCUGAUGAUGAUUUUAUCAUUUUAUUGCUCUAUGUUGAUGACAUGUUGAUUGUUGGUAGAAAUUCUUCAAAGAUUGAUAAUCUAAAGAAGCAGUUGAGUAAGUCCUUUGCCAUGAAGGACUUGGGACCAACAAAACAAAUUCUUGGUAUUCGAAUUUGUCGAGAUAGGAAAGGAAGAGAGCAUUGGGAUGCAGUAAAGUGGAUUCUGAGAUAUCUUCGAGGUACUUCCAAGUUAACACUUAGCUUUGGAAGUGGAAAACCAAUGUUAGUUGGAUACACUAAUUCAGAUUUGGCAAGAGAUGAAGAUUCUCAUAAGCCUACUUCAGGUUAUCUAAUUACUUUCUCUGGUGGACCAGUUUCACGGUAG